AUGGCCCACAAUCCUCUUUGCUGGUCUGUAUCUCAUGUCUUCUCAUUGCUUGCAUGGAGGAAAUACAUCGCGAAGAGGAAGGAGCCUCCGGUCCCACUCCAAUCCCCAUCAUCGGAAGUUUUCCAGCUGAACCCACGGAACUUGAUGGGAAGCUUUAAGGAGAUCAGCAAGAAGUACGGUCCUAUCUUCCAAUAAUUUAGGCCCAAAAAGGCUGUGGUGCUGUAUGGAUAUGAUAUUGUGAAAGAAGCAUUGGCAACCAGCAUUGGGGAAUGGAGGCAGCCGACGAUUUGCCGCGCACCACACUGCGGUGAUUUUGGAAUGGGGAAGAAGGGCAUUGAGGAACGAAUCCAGGAGGAAGCUCAUUUUCUGGUAGAGAGGAUCAGGAACACACACGAGAAACCUUUCAACCCUGGCAAGUUCUUAGUCCACUCGGUUUCCAACAUCAUCUGCUCCAUUGUAUUUGGAGAUCGGUUUGACUAUGAGGACAAGAAAUUUCUGAAUUUAAUUGAGAUGCUGGAAGAAAAUAACAAGUAUCAGAACAGAAUACAAACACAGCUCUACAAUUUCUUCCCCACCAUCAUGGAUUCUCUACCAGGGCCCCAUAAAACAAUAAUUAAAAACACUGAAAAUGUUGAUGCCUUCAUUUCUGAAAUCGUAAGAACACACCAGGAAUCUUUUGAUCCCAGCUGUCCUCGAGAUUUUAUUGAUGCUUUUAUCAACAAAAUGCAACAGGUAGAACAAGCCAGCAGCACACUGAUGUAUGCAUUUCUGAUUCUCCUGAAACACCCAGAGGUUGAAGAGAAAAUUCACAAGGAGAUUGACCGUGUGGUUGGCCGAGACCGAAGCCCCUGCAUGGCAGACAGGAGCCAGUUGCCAUACACGGAUGCUGUCGUCCACGAAAUCCAGAGAUUCAUUGAUUUCCUUCCUCUUAAUGUUCCACAUGCUGUGACCAAGGACACCAUGCUCAGAGACUAUUUCAUUCCCAAGGACACCUUGGUAUUCCCUUUGCUGUCUCCCAUCCUGCAAGACUGCAAGGAAUUCCCAAAUCCAGAAAAAUUUGACCCAGGACAUUUCCUAAAUGCAAAUGGUACCUUCAGAAAGAGCGACUACUUCAUGCCAUUCUCUACAGGAAAACGCAUCUGUGCAGGAGAAGGUCUGGCCCGGAUGGAGAUAUUCCUGUUUUUAACAUCCAUCCUGCAGAACUUCACUCUGAAGCCUGUUGUAGAUCGCAAGGACAUUGACACUACUCCAGUAAUGACCUCUCUGGCAAAUAUGCCCCGACUUUAUGAGGUGUCAUUUAUUCCACGUUAGCCAAGUGAAGGCAGCUCCCACUUCCCAAAUUAGAAUGACAGUCUUCUUGAAUGACUGUCAUUGCCCAGCGUGACGAGACUGAAACACACAGAUUAUUUGCUAGAUUCUUUAUGGACAGAAAACUUCUGCUUUUCUCUGUGAACACAGAAGGACUUGCUGUAGUGGAAAGUCACUUUCCACAAAGCUUAGACUGUCACACACUCUCUAAAACAGGUUCAUAUCUCAACUGUUUCUUUGCACUCAUUUAUAAAGAAAUGCAUUGCAGCUUUAAGACACGAUCUAGAAAACCUCCAGUCUCACUAACAACAUGGGAGAUGGCUGGACUGAAUUUACUGGACCUAUCAGAAUUAAAAUUGCAAUUACAGCGCUGCUCAUUGAUAAAAAAAGAGAGUGAAAUAAUUGUGGGAUCUCUGUGAUGCCUUCUGGAAGACAAAGGGCUGCUUGAAUCUUCACGUUACUUCUAUGAAAUACGUGAAAAUUGCUAUAAAAAUUUUACAAACUUCAGGUAAACAGUUUCUAUGAGCUGCCAAAGACAGAUGUAUGGAUAUAGGACUGGAAUUUCCCAGAUUGAUCAUGUUCCCUGCAGCAUAUAGCUUACUGUGACUGCAGUGACAACAGAGCUGAAUCCAUGCUAUGUGAAAUAAUACAGCACUUGAAAUGUCACCACAGUGGAAUAAACUAGGUAAGCAGCAAAGUGUUCAUUCCUUUCACUGUGUUAAUAGUCUUGAUACACCAUUAGUUAUUUGUUUGGUGAUACAAGCAAAAAAUAUUACAGGUUGGCAGAAAUACAAAUCAAAAGAAAAAUAGAAGUAGUAAGAAGAACAGAACCAUCAGGUUUCAGGCCCACUAAAGACGUCCCGAAUGAGGAACUCAAUGAAACAAUCCAGGAGAAAAAACAAAGAAACAAACAAAGCCACUUGAGCUGUUCCCCUCUAGCAGGGCAGCAGCACUUGCCUGAGACACCAUUACAAAUUAAUACGACAUAAAUCGGUACAUGGCAGCUGUAUUCCAGCAUGACUGAGACACUACAAAGUCGGGCACCUGAGCAUAACAAAUACAGAGACAGAAGCAAAAGACAAAACUGUAGGCUCUGUCACUAUCAAAAGAGGCUUUAAGGAAAGCAAAGGCACUACAAAAUCACUGCUGUAGACACUUUACAGCACCUCAGGAGAUCCAAGGCAAGGCAAAAGCAAAGGAAAGUCUGUGAUCUGAAGGAAACACAGUUUAAGUCCUUGCAGAAAAAGAUAGGAACAACUCACUUGCCUUAAAACCACCGUUUCUAUCCAAGAAAUGCUCUUGCAUGAAUUGAUCUGGAUCUGGAUUUGUUUCACUGCAGGGAAUACAGCAGCAUCCUAAGUAGUAAACAUUGAGAAUGGGUAUCCAAGUAGCUGAAGACAAAGUUGUCAAAGCCUAGCCAUGAAAUCUGCAUUUGACUUAUCUAAUUUCUUCAAAUGUAACCUGUUCAUUGAGGGAACCUCUGUUCCCUACUGCUAUAUGGCCUUCACUCCUCCAUCACAGGGCAUACUCAGCUUCCUGAGAUUAAUCAUAGAAUGGCCAGGGUUGAAAAGAAUCAUAAUAAUCUUCUCGUUUCAACCUCCUUCCUAUGGGUUGGGUCACUAACAACUAGACCAGGCUGCCCAGAGCCAGAAAUCUUAACAACAAGAAAGACAUCUUAAUAACAAACAUAAAGACUUCUAGCACAGCUCAGGCCCUGCAUUACAGGGUGAAGGCUUACACCUUAUUCUGUGAAUGACCUGUCAAAUGACUUUGUAUAUGACAGCUUUCUUAAAUUCCCUAUUGUGACAACUCACAGCUCAGUUUAUUAUAACCUUAAUUAAGGCUCUGUGUAUUAAGACAAACAUCACUGACUGUCAGCAGAUGGCUUUCACUAGAUUUUGUAUCCAUUGCUUUGCUUCCUGGACAUGGCACCAGCAUCUUGUCCUCCCACGUUAAUUAAAUACAUACAUACAUCUUGUAUUCACUUUCAAGAAAAACUGCAUGUACUGCUUUGAGUCACGUGAAGUAGUUUCCAUCAGAAGGCUUCUCAAGCUCUGUUCUUUUGGGACCCUAAUUAAACCCACUGAUUUGAUGCAAA